AUGGCAACGGCACAGCAACCACAUGGCUACGGCACAGCAACCACAUGGCAACGGCACGGCAACCACAUGGCUACGGCACAGCAACCACAUGGCAACGGCACGGCAACCACAUGGCAACGGCACAGCAACCACAUGGCAACGGCACGGCAACCACAUGGCAACGGCACAACAACCACAUGGCAACGGCACGGCAACCACAUGGCAACGGCACGGCAACCACAUGGCAACGGCACAACAACCACAUGGCAACGGCACAGUAACCACAUGGCAACGGCACGGCAACCACAUGCCUGUGUUUCACCUGUGUUUCACCUGUGUUUUCACCUGUGUUUCACCUGUGUUUCACCUGUGUUUCACCUGUGUUUCACCUGUGUUUCACCUGUGUUUCACCUGUGUUUCACCUGUGUUUCACCUGUGUUUCACCUGUGUUUCACCUGUGGGGUGUGGCUUUCCGUGCUUGGCGAUGCUUCGUACGAUGCUGUGAGGACUGGUUUUUCUAACGGCUACAAAUCCAAGAGCAGAGAGUGCCCUUUCCAGAGUGCCCUCUCCAGAGUGCCCUUUCCAGAGUGCCCUCUCCAGAGUGCCCUUUCCAGAGUGCCCUUUCCAGAGUGCCCUUUCCAGAGUGCCCUUUCCAGAGUGCCCUCUCCAGAGUGCCCUUUCCAGAGUGCCCUCUCCAGAGUGCCCUCUCCAGAGUGCCCUCUCCAGAGUGCCCUUUCCAGAGUGCCCUUUCCAGAGUGCCCUUUCCAGAGUGCCCUGUCCAGAGUGCCCUCUCCAGAGUGCCCUUUCCAGAGUGCCCUCUCCAGAGUGCCCUUUCCAGAGUGCCCUUUCCAGAGUGCCCUUUCCAGAGUGCCCUUUCCAGAGUGCCCUCUCCAGAGUGCCCUUUCCAGAGUGCCCUCUCCAGAGUGCCCUCUCCAGAGUGCCCUCUCCAGAGUGCCCUCUCCAGAGUGCCCUUUCCAGAGUGCCCUCUCCAGAGUGCCCUUUCCAGAGUGCCCUUUCCAGAGUGCCCUCUCCAGAGUGCCCUCUCCAGAGUGCCCUUUCCAGAGUGCCCUUUCCAGAGUGCCCUUUCCAGAGUGCCCUUUCCAGAGUGCCCUUUCCAGAGUGCCCUUUCCAGAGUGCCCUUUCCAGAGUGCCCUUUCCAGAGUGCCCUUUCCAGAGUGCCCUUUCCAGAGUGCCUGCUCUUAG